AUGGGUCCAGUCAACAACAAUCUGAUGGCAAGCUUUGAGUUCUGUGGUGAGAACCUUGGUGAUAGUCUGGACAUUGAGAAUGAGUUAUUGAACCUUGCCAACUCAAGUGUAACUCCCAACAGGAGUUUCCCCAUCAACAACAACAACACCAGCACCUACAACAACAACAACAACAACUAUGGACCUCCAAGGAUUCAAGAGCCAAAGAAGCAAACCAAUAUAUUGUCUGAGGAGGAGCCAGUACAGAACGAUACGAAUGAUGUCCAUAAUGACCAAGUUCAAGAAAUCAAGAACAUAUCCAAGGAGGAACAAGAAUACUUGGACUACCUUGAUGGCUCCAUUGAAACAUACCAUCUCAACAUGAAGAAGAUCAUCCAAGACUAUAGAACAGAGGUAGUGACUACAUUGAACCAAUAUACCCAAAUGUAUGAGGAUGAGGUCGGCCAGACAAUCGUUGGAAUGAGGAGCCAAGUGGAGAGGUUGCGUUCAACAAUGCGCAACAACAAUGUCCUGCGUGGAAAGAUCGCCCAGUUCAAAGAAGAGAUCAAGUCGCUCUAUCAAACAGUGUGCCAGCAAUGA